GUAGAAGACUGCACACAAUACAUGUUUAUUAAAAAUAUAAUAAGUACUAAAACAAACAUAUCACAAUGCCAGAUUUGAUACAAACCGACACCAUCUGUCCACCACCACAUACCGUUCUUUUGGAAAGCGUGAAGAACAAUGAUAUAAAAACAGUAGAAGCAUUAAUUAACUCUAAUAAAGAUCUGCUGACCUACAAGUAUAUGUUUACUGGGAAAACAAUAUUAUUGACAGCGUGUACCGAAGUUGACGUUGAACCUUUAACUAUCCAGACUUUAAUUGAUCUUGGAGCAAAUCUGGAAGGGAACUCAGAAUGGAAACCUCUGCAUUUAGCUGUUCAAAAUCCAAAUAAUUCUACUCUAGAAGUUAUUCUUAGGAAUAUUGAUGCAAACCAAAUAAAUGAUACUGUCGAAGGAAACACCGCACUACACAUGUUGAUUAAAACCGAUGCGAUCAGAGAAAACGAAGAAAAAUUUUGUAAAAACAUCGAGUUGCUUUUGAAAGCUGGAAUUAAUAUUAAUCAAGGGGAUGGGAAAAACUUGUCUGCUAUAUUUUGGGCCGCCAAAUAUGGUUAUCGACAUGUUGUCAAAACGAUUUUGGCAACCAGCGACGUGGACUUAGACAGUCAUGAACUUAGAGGUGAGACUGCAAGAACUCUUAUUGAAGAAAAAAAAAUAUAUGAUGGACAAUUGCCAAAGCAGAUUAUACACCAAAUUCCUAAAGACAAACUCUUUUCAUUGAUUAAGUUGGCACAAGAAGAUGAAUUCAUCAAGUAUUUUGAGGAGUUUACAAAUUCUAGUGAUUUUGUUAACAUGGAUGAUGGCACUUCAACUUUACUACAGUAUUGUUGUGAGAGAGGUUUAACAAAAAUUGCUAAGUAUCUCAUAAACAAAGGUGCAAACGUUACCAAAACCAUAAAAAACCACGAUAUAACUCCGUUAGAACUGGCUGCAAAAAAUGGCUACUACGAAAUAUUGGCAAUGCUCGUAGAAAAAACGGACGUGGGAGUUACUCCUAAGCUAUUUUGUUAUUUGCUGAAAUACUCUGAUGAAGCAAAAUUUGACCAAAUCGAUCACGAAAGGUGUUGUCAAAUUAUACUUAAAAAGUUGGAAUCAAAUGAAACCCUCAUGGAUGUCAACGGAGAAGACGAACUGAAGAAUACCCCCAUUCAUUAUUCUCUACGGUAUGCCGACGAAGCGACAACUAAAAAGUUACUCAAACUUGGAGCAUCUUUAGCUUGUAAGAAUCACUUUGGAAUCAUGCCGAUUGAGGAUAUUAAACCAGAACUUCUGGAACGUCGUCUGGAUGAUUGCGUUAAAUUUAACGUUAAGAAUAAGAAUGUAGAAAAGCGGGACUUUGAGGUUACUUUUGAUUAUUGCAGUUUAAUUCUCCCUAGAAAAUGCAAAAACAUUAAAUUUGAUGAAUCUGACCCUGAAGAUGUGAGAACUAAUCUUAAAAUAGCACCUGAAACUGAAGUAAUAGCAUAUAUGAGUCGAGCUCCUGAAUUUCGGCCAUUACUUAAACAUCCAGUUAUUGUUAGUUUUUUGUUAAUGAAAUGGCAUCGCAUUCGUUUAUUAUUCUACACAAAUUUAUUAUUCUAUUUUAUGUUCGUAACAUCUUUAAUUUUGUAUAUUUUUACUUAUUAUGCAUAUUUUGAUAUGGAAAAGCAUUCUGAUUUUGUCGAUGGACUUAGUAAGUUACCUUGGGUCACGCUUAAUCUCACUUUCUGGCUUUUGGUUCUACGGGAAAUAUUUCAAAUGACCGUGUCACUAACAAACUACUUGAAGAGUUUUGAAAAUUACGUUGAAAUUGUCUUAAUGAUUAUAACUGGAAUGAUUUUGUAUAUAGAUGGACCUAGCGUUGCUACUAGAAAACAAUUGGCUUCUACAGCAAUUCUUUUGGGUGCCUUCGAGUUUGUACUGAUGGUUGGACAGCACCCCAAACUGUCUACAAAUGUUGUAAUGUUGAAAACUGUGUCAGUGAAUUUUUUCAAACUGUUUUUGUGGUAUUCCCUGCUAAUUUUAGCGUUUGCUUUAAGCUUUUAUAUUCUUUUUGCUAAACCAUCUGAAGUAUCACAGAAUAUUAAUGUCACCUCUACGGAUAAAAAAUUAGACUUUGCGAGUGUUGAAAAAUCUGUCUUCAAAACUAUUGUUAUGUUAACAGGCGAGUUUGAUGCUGCUUCUAUUAAUUUCCAUACGUACCCUAUAACUAGCAAACUUAUAUUUUCUCUUUUUGUUUUCAUGAUUAGCAUUAUCCUUGUAAACCUUCUUAAUGGUUUAGCUGUGAGUGAUACGCAAAGCAUCAAAAAUGAAGCCGAAUUAGUCGGCCAUAUAGCAAGGGCCCAACAUAUUUAUUACGUCGAAAGCAUGCUACUUGGUAAUAUUUUACCUACAACACUGAUGAAAUGUGUACAAAGUUUAUUUUGCUGUUUUCCGUGGGACAAAAAUACCACUUUUACAUUUUUUACACCAAUAGCUAGGAGAAUUUGUAUUUUUAAGGCAUCACAGAAAUGUCAGUUGAUCGUUUUCCCGAAUAAUCAUGGUAAAAUCUGUUAUGAAUAUGACGUGGCCUCAAAAAGACCGCGGAGUUCUUUGCUUUCUUGUUCACAAAACUGCUCUGAUACUUAUCUUGAUGAAGAAACCGUUAAGAGGAUACAUGCAAUUGUUAAAGCAAGAUGUGACAAAAGAGAUGAAUCUGCCAUCAGCAAUACAGAAAAAUUAUAUUCUGAAAUUGCUGCAUUGAAAACGAAAUUGGAUGAUUUCCUGAGCACUUCUAUGAAAAAUAAUAACGAAUUUAAACAAAAGGAUUCCUAAAAUA